AUGCCAGUUCCUUUUGAAGCGCUUAUCCCUUUAGGCAUAAUUGUUGGAAUGAUAGGAGUGACUGGUACAUUAUUAAAUUUUACUAAAAGGAUUCGACAUGAAGGCAAGCCUCCUAGAAUCUCUUUAGAUACUUGGGAUACGCAGAUGAUGGAACGUGAUAGACGAUUGACUGGAAGUGCUCACCGUCAAUCAGUUGC